UUAUAAAUUCCUCAUAACAGAAGAAGAAGAUGAGCUAUGUGUUCAUAAUUACAAUCAGUCAAAGUUUUCUUACUAAAUAUUAGAAAGCUCCGAUACUGGAAGAAAUAUUUGGAAAAAAUAAUUACGGUUAUCCCGUGCCCUUAUUCGGAGAUGUCACAGAACACGAAGCACACCCAGCAUGACACUGGAAGAUUCCAUGCCAUGGGUGUGAAGCAGGAAGUGAGUGAUGCGCCUGGGCACAGAGGUACCCAUCAUCCUUCAGAAUCAGCACACGAGGAGAAUACUGUGACGAUGUCAUCAGUUCAGCCUGUGAAAAAGCGCGGCUGGCCAAAAGGAAAGAAGAGAAAGAAGGUGCUUCCCAACGGCCCCAAGGCCCCAGUUACGGGCUAUGUGCGCUUCCUGAACGAACGCCGGGAACAGAUCCGUGCCUUGCACCCGGACCUGCCCUUCCCAGAGAUCACAAAGAGGCUGGGCGCAGAGUGGAGCAGACUGGUCCCUCAUGACAAGCAGCGCUUCCUGGAUGAGGCUGAGCGGGAGAAAGUGCAGUAUGCCCGUGAACUACGAGAAUACCAGCAGAGUGAGGCUUACCAAAUAACCACCGCUAAAGUUCAGGACAAGAAGAUAAAGAGAGAGGAGUUAUCAUCAGUAAUAAUCAAUUCCAACAGCUCUGGACAAGGAGGGUUAAAGUCUUCCGAUUUUUCAAACGGAUUUGAUAUCCCUAUCUUCACGGAGGAGUUCUUAGAUCAAAAUAAAGCCCGGGAGGCCGAGCUGCGGCGGCUACGCAAGGCCAACGUGGAGUUUGAGGAGCAGAACGCAGUGCUGCAGAAGCACAUCGCCAACAUGUACGGAGCCAAAGAGCGCCUGGAGGCCGAACUGGGACAGGACGAGCAGCGGACCCAGUCCCUGCAGAGGCACCUCCUGGCCCUCAAACAGACCCUCGUCAGCAGCCUCUCCGGCGUGCCCCUCCCAGUCAUCUCUGCCUCAGGUACAGGUGAGACUCCCUCAGUCGGCACCCUGGACUCUUACCUGAGUCGCCUGAGUAACGUGCUUGAGAACAGCCCCAAUGAGCACCGUGCCUUAUUGAUCAAGCUGCAGGACGUCCUCGCCCACUUAGAUAGUGAGAAGAUGUGAGGUGACUUUUAGUUGGUGGUGUCCAGGUCAAAUAUGAUGUGAUUAAACAUUAAGUAAUAUCCAUGUCGAAGUUUUUGAGGAGUUUAUUAAGUUGUUUGUAUGAUAUUUCAUUCUGUUUUAACUGUCUCCACUAAAGGAAAUAUAAAAUGAGAUACAGAUUCUUGUUAACAAAUUAUGUCAUACUGCUGAUUAUUUGUUACAUAUAUGCAAGAUUUUGUUUGAAUAAAAAAAAAAUGCUGUA